UCUCUGCCCUUUCUGCCUCUAUAGCUGCCAUGUGACAGGUGACUCAUAGAUAAAUGUGAUUCUCUUACAGCCUGCACCAUGUGGAUGAUUCCAGGACAGAACCAAAGCUGGGUUUCUGAGUUUAUCCUGCUUGGCUUCUCCAGUGACCCCACAACCAACAGCAUCCUCUUCACCGUGUUCCUUCUCAUCUACCUGAGCGCAGUCAUGGGCAAUGGGCUCAUCAUCAUGCUGGUCUGCAUGGACACACAGCUGCACAUGCCCAUGUACUUCUUCCUCUGCAUCCUCUCCCUGUUGGAUAUGUGCUAUGUCACCACCACCAUGCCCCAGAUGUUGGUGCAUCUUCUUGCUGACUCUCAGACCAUCCCCUUUGCUGGCUGCUGGCUGCAGAUGUAUGUGUUUGAAGCCCUGGGUAUAACUGAGUGUACCUUCUUUGUUGUCAUGGCUUAUGACAGAUAUGUGGCCAUUUGCCACCCACUUCAUUAUACUGUCAUCCUCAACUGGGAACUGUGUAUAUGGUUGGCAUCUGGGUCUUGUGUCUGUGGCUUCCUCUCUGCUUUGUUAAAUACUUUCUUUACCAUGAGACUGCCAUAUUGUGGACCUAACAAGGUCAACCACCACUUCUGUGAAGGCCCUGCAGUGCGUAGCCUGGCUUGCAUGGAUACCCACCUCAUCGAGAUGGUGGACCAGAUCUUGAGUGUGCUUAUGGUUCUUACUCCAAUUUCUCUCAUUGUGGCCUCCUAUGUUCACAUUGCAAAGGCAAUUCUCAAGAUCAAGUCCACCCAGGCCCGCUGCAAGGCUUUCUCUACCUGUGCCUCCCACCUGACUGUGGUCACAUUCUUCUAUGGUCCAGCCUCUUACAUCUACAUGAGGCCCAACUCCAGCUACUCCCCUGAGAGAGACAAGAAGAUCUCACUCUUCACUGCCUUGCUCAACCCCAUGGUCUACAGUCUGAGGAACAAAGACAUCAAGAGAGCAUUUCUCAAGGUGAUAGGGCAGGGCAAGGUGGAUUGCUGA